CACCACACCUAAAUCACUUUCUUGCUCUUCAUUUCUUCAGUUAGCAAUGACGCCUUUUCUCGUCUUAGCCACUUUGUUCUUAACCCUCCUGAGGGCUCUGAAGGCUGAUCCAACUGAUGGGUUCAGCUAUGUUAAGCUGAGUGAGGCAAAUUUUCAAGUCCAGAAGCCGUACGAUGUCUCUGUCAAUCAACGCUAUUCCUACAUUGGUGGUGAACAUAGACUGUGGGUUUAUAAGACAGAUAAACCUUAUUCUCAAACUAGCAAUACCAAACCACGUACUGAAAUUCGCAUCACUGGCUACGACUACACUUCAGGUGUAUGGCAAUUCGAGGGUUAUGCAUAUGUACCCUCUGGAACUUCUGGUGUCAGCAUAAUGCAAGUAUUUGGAGCAAGCACUCAGGCCACAACUGCUAUGCUGAGAGUCUACAAUCCAUCCCUCACAUACUACACAAAUCCUGUCCUAAUCCCCAACGUCUACAACAAAUGGUAUCGUGUCAAUGUGAUACAUGACACAGGUGCUGGGAGAGUUAGAGUGUACAUUGAUGGAGUUUUCAAGUAUGAAACUCAUGAUAAUGGUCCUGCUACACAUUACUUCAAGUUUGGAGUGUAUACACAAGACAAUCCUUCUGAUUACAUGGAGUCCCGUUGGGUUGGAAUCAAAGUUCUCAGGAAGAACUGA